AUGCUUCACUUGCUCGCGCUGGUCCUUUCGCUUGCAGCUGCCGCUGUUGCAGCCCCUACCUCACUGACCGCCCGUGCUGGACGCACAUCUCCUCCCUCCGGCUGUCUCUCCGUUGGUAGCUCAGGAACAUACAAGACCGUUUCAGCUGCCGUUGCUAAGCUCAGCACCUCCAGCACCACUGCUCAGUGCAUCUUCAUCUACAAGGGCACGUACAAGGAGCAGGUCUACGUUCCAGUCCUCAAGUCAGCUCUCACCAUCUACGGAGAGACUACCGAUACCAGCGGUUUCGCAUCGAACACUGUCACUAUCACACAAGGCAAGAGUCAGGAUGACUCCUCCACCAACGAUCUCACCGCCACCUUGAGGGCCUGGACACCCAACCUCAAGGUGUACAACAUCAACCUUGUCAACACUCGCGGUUCCGGCUCGCAGGCUCUUGCUCUCAGUGCCAACGCUGACAAGCAGGGCUACUACGGCUGCCAGUUCAAGGGCUUCCAAGACACCAUCCUUGCUCAAACUGGCAACCAGGUCUACGCUAAGUCGUACAUCGAGGGUGCCACGGAUUUUAUCUUCGGACAGAAGGCCACCGCCUGGUUCGACGGUGUUGACAUCCGUGUUCUUGCUGCUUCCCAGGGUUUCAUCACCGCCAACGGUCGUGAUUCUGACUCCAACCCAUCUUACUAUGUCAUCAACAAGUCCAAGGUCUCCGCUGCCUCCGGUAACACCGUCAAUUCUGGUGCCUAUUACCUCGGUCGCCCCUGGAGGAACUACGCUCGCGUCAUCUUCCAGAACACCGCUCUCUCCAAUGUUAUCAAUGCUAAGGGCUGGACGCAGUGGAGCAGCAGCGACACUCGCACUGACAAGGUCACCUUCGGCGAGUACGGUAACACUGGCGAUGGUGCAAGCGGCACCAGGGCCACGUUCGCUGAAAAGUUGUCCGCCGCUAUCAGCAUCUCUACUGUCCUCGGCAGCUCUUACAAAGACUGGGUCGACACUACAUACCUCUCUUGA